CGGGCUGCGCCCCACGCGCCUAAAGGACCUCACGGCGCAGGCUGCCCACGGAGCGCCUGAGCCGCCGACCGCUGAGCGAGAUACUAGGGGUUGGGCCUGGACACCAAGGGCGGCGCCGUACCCCGCCCCCCGGGGCAGACCCCGGGCCCCGAGCCCGCCUCCCGAUCUAUCCCUUCCCAGGCACUGCACCAUCCUCUGUCACCACGGCGACGCGCCCGAGGCCCCGCGCGCCCCCGCUGCCCCGUGCACGCGCUGCGCGGCCGCGAGCGCCAUGGGGGCCGUGCUGCGCUCCGCGCGGCCGCUGCAGCUCACGCUGGCCGUGCUGAAGCCGGACGCUGUGGCGCACCCGCUGGUGCUCGAGGCCGUGCAUGAAACCAUCCUAAAUAACAAAUUCCUCAUCGUGCGGACCAAGGAGCUGAUGUGGAGAAGGGAAGACAGCCAGCGAUUUUACCAGGAGCACUCAGGGCGAUUUUUCUAUCAGAGGCUGGUGGAGUUCAUGGCCAGUGGCCCAAUGCGGGCUUAUAUCCUAGCCCGUGAAGAUGCUGUUGCACGCUGGAGGUCUCUCAUGGGACCCACCAAAGUGUACCGAGCCCGAAACACAGCUCCAGACUCCAUCCGAGGAGCCUAUGGCCUCACUGACACGAGGAACACCACACAUGGCUCAGACUCGGUGGCAUCGGCCCGUAGAGAAAUUGCCUUCUUCUUCCCAGAGUUCAGCGAGAGUCUCUGGUACCAGCAGGAUGAGCCACAUCUGCGGUGCGGCCUGGCACGCUACGACGCAGGGCAGCGUGUUCACAGCCUACCCAAGGCUGGCAGGACAGAGUCAUCCUAGAGCAGUGGGGGAGACUUACCAUUGACUAACCUCCUUGGAGAUGGGGAGGGGGCAUUGCCUUCCAUGCAGGAAGUGCUGCUAGCAGCACCAGCUGGACUAUCCCUGUAACAAGGACAGGGAGCUAUGUAAUGUCUGUUACAGUGGGUGAAUACCAGAUGCAAUACACAUUACACCACGCUCUGGGGGAGUGUCUCACUUACCUCUGGCUGCACGUGUAGCUCCUAGAUAGCAUGGAUGCUACAGACAAACCUCAGAUACCAGCAGGAAUCCAUUGAACUCCAGCAUGGCAGAGGAACCCCAGCCUGCAAUUCACCAGCACCGAGUGUGCUCGCAUAUAAGCUGGGUGCAGUGGGGCAGGGGGCUGCCCCCACAGGGCACAGAGCUGUGUGCAGGGGUGAGAGCACAGGUGUCAGUGAUGAGGAUGAGUGUGGAAUAUCUCUGUGAAGCGCAAAGCCGAUCCCACUGCCUUGCUCACAUGCAGUCUGGAUGUUCACUACCAGCAACAAUCUUCCUUGCUUAUCUUGUGCUUUUGUCUGUAAAGCAUUUCUCCAACACAGCCAUGGUGUGCUGCAGUAAUAAAGCUUUCUUUGCUGCAGGCAUAUUCAUUGACAGAGCUUGCUGAGGACAGAGUGGAUCAGCUGGCAUGGCCGAGCCAGAUCUCAGAGAUACCUCUGUGUUACAUGGGAGACACAACUUCACCUCUAGGGUGCUGGUUUCAGCCUAGGCCCAGGGUGGUGGGAUGCAGCGAAUCAGGGUAAGAGCCUGUGGUUGAGCUCACUGACCUUCGGAACACACCCUAGCAUCAGUGGCACUAUCUUUAGCUCCAGCAGUUCUUACUGCCCACCUGCCUAUGGCACCAGCUCUUGUGUGUC